UACAUUUAUAAGCAGUCGGGGUACCCCUCUAUAAUUUGAUGUCAACUUAAGAAAAACUUCAUUUUUUACAUUCUAUACCUUCUCUCACCUCAAAAUGGCUUCCAACCCUCCCGCUGCCUGCUGUGCCUCUGGUUUCAAGCACGAAGGCACUCCAUCUGGCGAGACCAAGGAUAUUAACGGAGUCAACACCUAUAUCGCCUACCCUAAGGACAAGACCCCCGAUAAGGCCAUUGUCUUCCUGCCUGAUAUCUUCGGCAUCUACAUCAACUCCCAGCUCCUCGCCGACGAGUUCGCCAACAAUGGCUACCUGACUAUCGUUCCGGAUCUUUUCCAGGGUGACGCGAUCAGUGUCAGCGACAUGCAAUCUGGCAAGGCAGACUUGCCUGCAUGGCUCCCCAACCACCAGCCCGCGAACGUCGAGCCCGUUAUCGAGUCGACUAUUAAGUACGCCCGCGAGACUCUCGGCGUUAAGAAGAUCGGCGCUGUUGGCUACUGCUUCGGCGGUAAGUACGUCUGCCGCAACCUCAAGCCCGGCCAGGUUGACGUCGGUUACACCGCGCACCCCUCGUUCGUCACCCACGAGGAGCUCGGCGCCAUUAAGGGCCCCUUGUCUAUCGCUGCUGCUGAGGUCGACUCGAUCUUCACUACCCAGCUUCGCCACGAGUCUGAGGAUACUCUCAUCAAGACUGCCCAGCCGUGGCAGAUCAACCUGUUCAGCGGUGUCAGCCACGGCUUCGCUGUGCGCGCCGAUCUGAGCGACCCCAAGCAGAAGUGGGCUAAGGAGCAGGCCUUCUGCCAGGCCAUCGCCUGGUUCAACCAGCACCUGUAAAUAAAUUGGAGGAAUUUGGGAUACAUAAAUAUACAGCACCCUUUUAUAUCUGAUGAAUAGA